CCACCAUGCAGACUAAGAAAACAUUUUAUACAAUGAUAAGAUAGACAAAUAAAUCAUAUAUGUAUAUAUAUGAUUCACCCUCCAAGAAUCUGGCCAUGUAAGAGUAUAGGAAAGUCAGCAAAAUGCACCAAAACAGAUCAACACUCUGUUUCCUUUAAUUUUCUGUCAAAGUGAGUAUUGAGGAAGCAGGCACAGAGAAGGAAGUACAUUUGUAAAGGAGAAUAUAAUAUAAAUAUAACCUCUUUAGAAUCUGUGGGAAAGUUUUGCAUUUUGGAAGGUUCUUAAUCCAAGAAAAGUAGGGAAAUUUUGGAUGUUAAAGUGAAGCAGAUGGUGUUUUUGUAGAAAUUUGGGAAUGGAAGAUAGAUAUAGUUUUCCAUCCUUGAGAGAUGGGGAUUUUGAGGAAGAAGAUGUUUGGGCAGUUCUUAAGGAAAGUAAGGAUUCAACUUACAAGGUUGGACAUUCCAGUGAACCUUCCAUUCCUGAUAGAGGACAUGUUCCAAGUGCUGCAAGAAUGAUCCCAAGAACUUUGUCUGCAAUUAAUACCAGCAGUAACAUUGGCAGUUGUUGUUCUAGUUACAGUCAUGAGGCUAAUGAUGUUAAGCAGCAAUCAGCCCCAGAAAACAUCCCUGAUUUGUCAAAGGUUUCUACAAAGAUGAGGAAUGGUUCAUGGCAUGAUGAUGAUGACGAUGAUGAUGAAUACAAUUCCAUGCUUCCACCACAUGAAAUUCUUGCAAGGAGGCUUGCAAGGAAUCAGAUUUCGUCAUUCUCAGUUUUUGAAGGUGUUGGUAGAAAACUAAAAGGGAGGGAUUUGAAGAAAGUGAGAAACGCUGUUUUAACAAAAACAGGUUUCCUUGAAUAAUGUUAUCACAUGGUGAUCAUUCAUAAAUGAUAAUUGAAAGAGUUUCCUCUUUCAGUUUUCAUGCUAGUUUAUUUCAGUAUAUAGAUCCAGUUUUACGUUUUUACAUAAUUGAAUCAAUGAAUGAUCAUUGCCAUAUUAGUUAAGAGUUGAAGAUAUAUAAUGGUAAUCCAUGUACACGUACGUGUAUUAAUAAAA